AUGCACCUGUCCCUGCCUCCCCCUCCUCCGUCGGCCGAGCCCGGCGGAGCGGUGGAUGACUUUUCCCGCGGCGGCCCUGACAUGCCUCAGGCUGGCCUGGAUUUUACUUCCUCACUCCUUCGCCCCACUCCCCGCGCCUUCGCCCCGCUCCCCGCGCCUUCGCCACGCUCCCCGCGCCUUCGCCCCGCUCCCCGCGCCUUCGCCCCGCUCCCCACGCCUUCGCCCCGCUCCCCGCGCCUUCGCCCCGCUCCCCGCGCCUUCGCCCCGCUCCCCACGCCUUCGCCCCGCUCCCCACGCCUUCGCCCCGCUCCCCGCGCCUUCGCCACGCUCCCCACGCCUCGCGCCUUCGCCCCGCUCCCCGCGCCUUCGCCCCGCUCCCCGCGCCUUCGCCCCGCUCCCCGCGCCUUCGCCACGCUCCCCACGCCUCGCGCCUUCGCCCCGCUCCCCGCGCCUUCGCCCCGCUCCCCCGCGCCUUCGCCCCGCUCCCCGCGCCUUCGCCCCGCUCCCCGCGCCUUCGCCACGCUCCCCACGCCUCGCGCCUUCGCCCCGCUCCCCGCGCCUUCGCCCCGCUCCCCGCGCCUUCGCCCCGCUCCCCGCGCCUUCGCCCCGCUCCCCACGCCUCGCGCCUUCGCCCCGGUCCCCACACCUUCGCCCCGCUCCCCGCGCCUUCGCCCCACUCCCCGCGCCUUCGCCCCGCUCCCCGCGCCUUCGCCCCGCUCCCCGCGCCUUCGCCCCGCUCCCCACGCCUCGCGCCUUCGCCCCGCUCCCCGCGCCUUCGCCCCGCUCCCCGCGCCUUCGCCCCGCUCCCCGCGCCUUCGCCCCGCUCCCCGCGCCUUCGCCCCGCUCCCCGCGCCUUCGCCCCGCUCCCCGCGCCUUCGCCCCGCUCCCCGCGCCUUCGCCACGCUCCCCACGCCUCGCGCCUUCGCCCCGCUCCCCGCGCCUUCGCCCCGCUCCCCGCGCCUUCGCCCCGGUCCCCACACCUUCGCCACGCUCCCCACGCCUUCUCCCCACGCCUCGCGCCUUCGCCCCGCUCCCCGCGCCUUCGCCCCGCUCCUCGCGCCUUCGCCCCCGCUCCCCGCGCCUUCGCCCCGCUCCCCGCGCCUUCGCCCCGCUCCCCGCGCCUUCGCCACGCUCCCCGCGCCUUCGCCACGCUCCCCGCGCCUUCGCCACGCUCCCCGCGCCUUCGCCCCGCUCCCCGCGCCUUCGCCCCGCUCCCCACGCCUUCGCCCCGCUCCCCGCGCCUUCGCCCCGCUCCCCGCGCCUUCGCCCCGCUCCCCGCGCCUUCGCCCCGCUCCCCGCGCCUUCGCCCCGCUCCCCGCGCCUUCGCCCCGCUCCCCACGCCUUCGCCCCGCUCCCCGCGCCUUCGCCCCGCUCCCCGCGCCUUCGCCCCGCUCCCCACGCCUUCGCUCCGCUCCCCACGCCUUCUCCCCGCUCCCCGCGCCUUCGCCCCGCUCCCCACGCCUCGCGCCUUCGCCCCGCUCCCCGCGCCUUCGCCCCGCUCCCCGCGCCUUCGCCCCGCUCCCCGCGCCUUCGCCCCGCUCCCCGCGCCUUCGCUCCGCUCCCCGCGCCUUCGCCCCGCUCCCCGCACCUUCGCCCCGCGCCUUCGCCACACUCCCCGCACCUUCGCCCCGCUCCCCACGCCUUCGCCCCGCUCCCCACGCCUUCGCCCCGCUCCCCACACCUUCGCCCCGCGCCUUCGCCCCGCUUGUCCUUCUGAUCUGCGGGGGGGGUGACCUGUUGGCAGGCGGCCGGACAGCAUGA